AUGCGAGCAAUUGCGAGAAGCCUUGGAAGAAGAGCAGGACACCAAGACAGAGCUGCAGCGUCUGAUCAGGCUAAUGCGGUGGCGAGUUCACUGGAGAAGAAACAGAAAGGCUUUGAUAAAAUUAUCGACGAAUGGCGACGAAAGUGUGAGGCCCUGGUGCAGGAGGUGGAAUCCAGUCAACGAGACACUCGAGCGGCAGCGACAGAAGUGAUGCGGCUACGUAAUCAGCUCGAAGAAUCUUCUGAACAGGUAGAGGCCGUACGACGUGAGAACAAGUCGCUUUCACAGGAACUCAAAGAUAUCACCGAUCAGCUUGGCGAAGGUGGUAAGAGCGUGCACGAUCUACAGAAAGCCAGAAGACGUCUGGAGCUCGAAAAAGAAGAACUACGGCAAGCAUUGGACGAAUCUGAAGCCGCGCUGGAAGCAGAAGAAUCCAAAUUCCUCCGGGCACAAGUGGAAGUGUCGCAGAUACGAUCUGAAAUAGAAAAGCGUCUGCAGGAAAAGGUUCGUUUCAGAUUCCUAUUCAUAAAUGUAUAG